AUGGCAGAGCUGAAACAAAAAGUAUCUUUCGAAGAAAUUGCUGAAUUUCGCUCAAAAUUCGACAAAUAUGUCUUGCCUGAUUCGGAGAAAAUAAAUAUGGAAAAUUUCGACGAACUGAUCAAGGAAUGCGAUGAACAAAUACCGCAAUUUAAGUUACGGAAAAUAGUUUGCGACCGGAGAGCGGCCGGAGAGAGUGACGAGUUGGAUUUCGGAGAAUUUCUUGAUAUUUUCAGUAAAUUGAGCACAAAAACAAUUGGCGCCAAUUUCAAGCAAGCGGUCGAGAAAAGAGAGAAUCUUACUACUGUGUCGACUUCGUCCGCGUCAGCACAAGGAACCAAACAUUCCUUUCUUGAUGCAGAAAAAGAAAUGUUUUCGUCCUGGAUAAACACGUGCUUGAAGGAUGAUUCAUCUUUGAAAGGUGGGUGGUGGUUACGUACUGGAUCUCCAGUGGAGGUGUUUGAAAAAUGUUAAAGUUGUCGUACACGGUUACGCAUGUAUUGUGUGAAAAGACGACAAAAGCCUCCCCCCCCCCCUCGUUUUCCUAAAUGUCAAGAGUCUACAGUCAUUUUUGUGGAAGCCUGGAGGGGUCAUGUCAAAUUAAUGGUGCUUGUAAAUGUGCUGGUGUUUUCAUCUCUUACGAGUACAAGAUGAAAGUAGAUUGACAUGCACGAAUAAAAUCUCAGGGAAAAAAUCACAUAAGAACAUUCGCUGGAGUAAUAGCUGGCACCCUCAUGCUAGCAUCGUUCAAGAAGUUUAUUGUGUAUCUUUAAACAGCAAUAGAAACAAUUUCGAAACACUUCAAAGAUUAUCUUAAGGAAACGCACAAUGGACAACCCUGAACCUUAAUUUGCUGAACGAGCGAGCUAAAUACGUGUCCGAGAAAAAACCCAAGAAAAUAAAAAUGGCUUGGACAUGAAUAAGAUGUCGUUGAAUGCGACAAGUCGUGAAAUUUCACGAAUUUAACAAGUCGUGCGAAUAUCGCGAAGGUCUUACUAAUGGCUAAACCACGGCUCGUGAAUCGCGACUUUCGAAUUCCAUGAGUCGUUGAAUGCGACAGUAUUGGACAUGUUUGAUGAAUAACGUGAUUAACACACUUCGCUUUACACAUUUUUUUCAGAUUAUUUACCAAUUGACGCUAAAAAACCGAAUGCCAUUUUUGCUGCCUUAAAAGAUGGUAUCAUCUUGUGUAAAUUUAUAAACUGGGCUGUUGCAAACACGAUUGAUGAACGAGUGAUGAACAGGAAAAAGUUGACAGUGUAUACGAUUCAUGAAAAUCAAACUUUGGUUCUCAAUUCUGCCAUGGCAAUUGGAUGUAGCAUCGUGAACAUUGGAGCCGAAGAUUUGAUUGAAGGCAAACCACAUCUUGUUCUUGGAUUAUUAUGGCAAAUUAUAAGGGUACGAAACCGUGGUUGUGAGUAGAAGAGGCCUGGCACUAGGCCCAGAAUGGAAGUUGGUAAACGUGUGCUAUAUUAACUAGCCGGGUAUAACACCACGGUCACACGUCUGCGCGUAUUUACUGCUUGUAUUCCAAAGACUGAAAAUAGUAUUGUCUUCACGAAUUUCUAGCAAAAGAUUGAAAGUAAAUUACGAGUGUUUAAACUCAGUAUAACUUCGUCUUGACACAAAAAAGCGGUGAAAUUCCAUACCUUAUAGCUUCAACCGUUUCCUUAUAGUAAACGCUUUUGUUUUUCCGUAUUUUCUUCUAUUAUUUUGGCAGACAUUUUGCCCGCCAUUUUUGUAUACUGCGCAUGCGCUUUACGUUUGACCGCGGUGUUGCCGGGUAUGCAAAGUUAUUUAUCCCCAAAGGUUGCCAGAUGACACUAGCUCUAAACAACAACGGACAAACUUCUGUCGCAAAAUGUCCAUAUGAACGUUCUACUGCAGCAUUUAAUAAGCCGAGAAUGGAGUUAAGCAUGACAAACCUCGGCGUCUAUACUGUUCUUCGUAUCAUGUGCCAAACCGAAUUCAAUUUAUUAUCUACAAGUAUCUAAAAGAUAUUAAAGACGUCCACACUUGUGCGUAUUAUUCCGAAUAAUAGCGAGUCCUUUCGCCAUUUGCAAAAAAUGCAUGUUGCUUUCUCUAAAUAUAUUAUCUGUUGUUUGUUUGCGCAAGUGGUCAUUUUUUAAAUUAGUUAGCACAAUUACUAUGGCUCUAUUAAUUAGUUUCGUUUGUUAGUUCAGGGUCUAUUACGCAAGUAAGGAAGGACCAAUAGAUAUAAUUAUGCAGGAAGUGUGUGGGAGAUCCCGAAAAAAACACAAAACAAACAAACAAACAAACAAACAAACAAACAAACAAACAAACAAACAAACAAACAAACAAACAAACAAACAAACAAACAAACAAACAAACAAACAAACAAACAAACAAACAAACAAACAAACAAACAAAACAAACAAACAAACAAAACAAACAAACAAACAAACAAACAAAACCAAACAAACAAAACAAACAAACAAACAAACAAACAAACAAACAAACAAACAAACAAACAAACAAACAAACAAACAAACAAACAAACAAACAAACAAACAAACAAACAAACAAACAAACAAACAAACAAACAAACAAACAAACAAACAAACAAACAUUCAAUGGGACCAUCUAACGGAUAGUGAUUUUUUAAGUUUCCUAAAAUGGUUCAUUCAUUGGUUCAAUUUUAGUAUUUAUAAAUUAAAGUUUGUUUGUAUUAAUUGUGAGGUCCAUGCACCUCCGUUAUUUUACAACUUUGUAGCAAUUUUACAGCGGUGGGGAAACCGCUAUCCUGCUUUCCAACAAUCACUCAAUCAGCCACAGGUAAUUACGACGAUAGCGAGAGAAAGCGUAGAAACAAGCUUUUCAAUGUACGUCUAGAUUGGUCUCUUCAACCGAAUCAACAUCAAGCACUGUCCUGGUAUCUCUGCACUGUUGGAAGGUGACGAAAGCAUUGCUGACGUCAGUAAGCUAUCACCAGAGGAGAUUUUGUUGCGCUGGGUAAAUUAUCAUAUUCGAGAGACUGGGUACAGCAGAAUAGUGAAGAAUUUCUCAGAAGAUAUCAAGGAUUCAGAAGUCUAUAGUAUUCUCAUGAAAAAGGUUAGUUGUCUUUAUCAUCAAUAUAGAGCGGACUUCAUUGACCUUCUGAAGCCAUGCUAAAUAUUACCUAAACAAGUAAGAAAUUCAAAUCUUGUAUGACGGAACUUUCUCUAAGCCGCAUUUUAGUAAUUCUGUGUUUGAAUAAAUUAGACCAUAUAGGCUCAGUACAAAAAGAUUAUUUUAAUAACUACGUUUCGGAGUAUAACUCCAUCUUCAGGUUAAAAAGUAACUAAAGAUAUAAAACUUUAAAAACAAUUACAAAUUAUAAAUUGUAAUUGUUUUUAAAGUUUUAUAUCUUUAGUUACUUUUUAACCUGAAGAUGGAGUUAUACUCCGAAACGUAGUUAUUAAAAUAAUCUUUUUGUACUGAGCCUAUAUGGUCUAAUUUAUUCAAACACAGAAUUACUAAAAUGCGGCUUAGAGAAAGUUCCGUCAUAUAUAUAUAUAUAUAUAUAUAUAUAUAUAUAUAUAUAUAUAUAAUAUAUUUAACAAAUAUAAAACAUUUUCCGUGUUGAUAUACAGUUAUAUCAACACGAGUGGAAAUUGGGAAAACGAGAAAUUGUGUGGAAACAUGACGCCCAAAGGGCGGAGUGUUUUCACACAAUUUCGAGUUUUCCCAACUUCCACGAGUGUUGAUAUAACUAUAUAUCAAUACGAAAAAAAUGUUUUAUAUUUUUUUUAUAAUAUAGCAAUGUCAAAAGCCCGAAGAAUAAGAAAAAUUUCCGUGUUUACAAGCGGCGGAAAAUUUCCCGUGUUGACAUGGAGUUAUAUCAACACGGCUCUUAGCCAAUCAGCGUUCAGAAUUUACAAAUACUAUAUUAUAAAUAUAUAUAUAAAAUAAAUACUGAUACCAUUGAAGAGUGUAGUAAAGGAGCUACCUUUCAAUGGUUACAUUUACUCGGCGAGAGGAUAAUCCAAAAGUAAAAAUCUAAAUUACUAAACAUUUCUUUUUGCCACUAAAAUGGUCGAUUGUUAGCAAAGGUUUUAAACACGAAUUGAGAUCAGAGUUUGAAAUUUUGGACUCUCCACAGCUCUUGUGUUAGUUAGCGUUUGAAAAAAAAUGAGAUCAUUUCAAGAUUUACUGAAUGGGCGAAAUUGAAAUAUUACAUAUCUUUUAAAAAAUACUGAGUAUGUCGGGACCUCUAUAAUACGGGCACUCACUGGCACAGCAAAGGGUCCAUAUUAAAGAGGCGUCCGCAAUAGCGAGGUUCGAAUUUAUAUGUGAGUUUUAUUUCGAAACCCUGUUAAUGUUUUCUGUAUUUAAACGAAACCACCAGAUUGCUCCAUUAACAGUAGACCUGGAUGAACCUCAUAUAACAGAGGCGGACUUGACAAAGCGGGCAGAGAAAGUUCUGGAGAACGCCAAGAAACUGGACUGUGAUUCUUUUGUUCGUCCAAAUGAUAUCGUUGAAGGGAAUCCAAAGUUAAACCUCGCUUUCAUGUGCCAUCUCUUCAAUUCUCAUCCAUCUUUGGUAUUUGAUGAAAGUGAAAUAAUUGAUAUUGAAGAGACGCGAGAGGAGAAGACGUUAAGAAACUGGAUGAACAGUCUUGGUGUGAAGCCCCAAGUUCACCAUCUUUUUUCUGAUCUGUCUGAUGGUAUUGCUUUGGCUCAGUUAUUUGAGCAGGUAUGUGAGUUUGUGAACUGUCCGUAUCAUGAAAUUUCUUGUGCUUCUAUAUACAAUUAUAGAAACACACGUGGAAGUUUGGGAGAACGAGAAAUAUUCAGUGGGAAAACGAGUCCCAAAGGAGUUCGAGUUCUCCCAAACUAAAAACCAAUACCAGCCGACAAUUUCAAAAAAUAUAAUACAAAACAUAAUCCGAAGAUAAGCAUCUUGAAACCCAAAAUAUGAGCCAAACUACCACAAGUGUUUCUAUAACUGUAAACAAACACAGUAAAAAAUAUUUUCUACAUAUUUUAUAAUAUAACUCAUGAAAAGCUUUAAUUUACAGCGAUUUCGAUCAAUUUACAAAUUCUCAUUACUUCAGGAUAAAUUACAUUCGAUCGGUUGCCCGGCCUUUGCUCCGGCGUCAAUUUGAGAAUAAAAUAGUCAAAGUCUUCUCUAUUUAAACUGAGAAUUCACUUUGUCUUGUGGUUGCGUAAUUCCUUUUUGAAAGCUAGUUAUACUAUUAACACAUUUUUCUUCGAUUAAUUUCCCGUGUUUUCAUACAGUUCUAGAAAACACGCUCUCGACUAAUCAACGUUCUCGUACCAUAAAUUUUAUAAUCUAAUUGUUCUUUGGGGACGUGAUUUUAAAGAAUGUACUAUAUGUGAGAAUUUUGUUGUCGGUACAAUGCGGAUAUGUACGUAAAAAGGCUCAUUUACACGAUACGACUAGUCGUAUACGAUUGUCAUUCUGGCAUAUGAAGUUUAUGGCGAAAUUUGAAAUGUGACAUCUUUACACGCCAGGAUAAGAAUCAUAUACGACUAAUCGUGUAGAUGGACCUUAUACAGGAUUGUCCCAAAAGCCGGAGCGUCGAUGUUUGACAGUUGCAUCGUUCUUACUGUGUGAUAUUAUUUUCCACACUGUGCAGAUCAAACCAGGAGUUGUAAAAUGGAAAUCCAUGACGAUGCCGCCAUUUCCAAAACUCUCCGGGAAAAUGAAGAAAUUGGAAAACUGUAACUACGUUGUGACAAUCGCAGACGAACUGAAAUUGUCAGUCGUCGGCAUUGGUGGUCAAGAUAUAUAUGAAGGCAACAAGAAAUUGAUUCUUGGUCUUGUUAGUCAAGCAAUGCAUUUUUACACGUUGUCUCUGCUGCAGUCUAUUGCUGGUUCUGAUAAACCUGUCAAGGACGACCAAAUUAUCACCUGGGUCAAUGACAAACUACAACAGCACGAGAAAGCAUCAAAAAUUGCCAACUUCAAGGAUCCUACAAUCGCUACUUCUCAAGCAAUUAUUGAUCUCAUCGACAGCAUCAAACCGAACUCUGUCUAUUACCCGGCAGUACAAACCACGGAUACAGACGAAGCGAAAUUCUCCAAUGCAAAGUUUGCUAUUUCAAUGGCUCGAAAAGUUGGGGCCCGUAUUUAUGGUCUGCCCGAAGAUAUUGUGGAAGUCAACCCAAAGAUGGUCAUGACAAUAUUCGCCUGUCUCAUGGCAAGUGGAUUGAAAUCAUAA